AUGGAUUCCGAGAGCGAGCACAAGUCGAAGCUAAUUCCGGAUUCUGUGGGCAACGACGCUAAGUCUGGGAAAGGUGAACGUUGGAGUAACGGAAGUGCAACCUCUCGGCGAAGCAGCUCUGAUUCAUUGCUCUCAACUAUCCAGUUGGUUUCCAUAUUAUUUUUCACGGUGACUGGGGGUCCAUACGGCUUCGAGGACGUCAUUGGAGCCUCAGGAGGCCUUGUGGGGCUAGGAAUGCUACUUGUAAUUCCGUUUGUUUGGUCCGCGCCUUUGGCAUUGAUGACUGGAGAACUGGCUUGCAUGAUGCCUCAGAGCGGGGGACACAUUUUGUGGGUGUAUCAUGCGUUUGGACCAUUCUGGUCUCUAUUUAACAGCGUAUUGACGUUCGGAUGCGGAGUGUUCGACAACGCGCUGUAUCCAGCCCUCUUCGUCGACUAUCUGAGCCACAUCAUAUAUGGUCCUUUCGGAGCAAUUUCGAUGCCAUAUUCGCUCAUUCUGAAGGCGACAAUGAUCGCCGUCACGACUGCACUCAACUUGAGCGGGGUCGACAUAGUAGGGAAAGCAUCGAUGGUUUUUGGGGUGUCUGUCAUCGCUCCUUUCGUUGCAAUGUUCUUCUUCGCCAUUCCCCAGCUGAAUCUGCAAUGGAUCAGCUUUCCAACACCCAAGCCUUUAAAUUGGCCAAAGUUACUCUCCGUGCUUCUUUGGAACACUUCAGGGUUUGAUUCCGCUGGGGCUUGUGCUGGUGAAGUGAAAGAUCCAGGGAGGUCAUAUCCUCUGGCGUUGCUGGUUUCUUUGGGACUGAUGCUUGUUACCUACAUCGUUCCAGCCUUAGUUGGCUUGAGUGUGGCGCCAUAUUUCGAGCUGUGGAAAGGUGGCACCUUUACGGACAUAGCUGCACGUGUUGGAGGCCGUCCGUUAGAGGUUUGGUUGGGACUUGGAGGAGUCGCCAGCGCUUUUGGUCUUCUUUUAACUCGUCUAUGCAUGAGCUCGAGGCUUGUCUAUGGAAUGGCGGUGGCGCAUAAGGCACCCCAGUUCUUUCAAUCUGUUGAAGGGAAACAUGGAACUCCUUGGGUAGCACUUGUUAUAACUGCUUUCUGCACUCUUCUGCUGUCUGGAUCCAAGUUUACACUUCUUGCUGAGGCGGAUAUGGUUUUGUACUGCAUCUCCUCAGCAUUGAAGUUUUCAGCUCUUAUUUACCUGAGAUUCACAGAGCCAGAUGCCUACAGGCCUUUCCGCAUUCCUGUGGGUAAUCUAUUGCUUGUUGGGCUUACGGCUAUUCCACUACUAGUGUGCUUUACAAUGGUGAUCCUGGGUUCACCGUUCUCACAUCUCGUGGCUCUUUCAUGCCUUAUGAUUGCCAUCCUAACCCACGUUUGGCUUGAGGCCAUAGUCCCUUUUCUCAAGAGGGCAGUGUCUGCCGCUGCUGUAGUUUAUUAUGGGAUGAAAGAGCACCUCACGAGAACCGCGCAUCUCGCGGCCAGCUAUGCGCCAAGCUAUGCGCAUUCCGCUGGGCGCAUUGCGCCUCUCUCGCGGCCAGCAAUGCGCUCAGCGGAUUGCGCAUUCCGCUGGGCGCAUUGCGCCUCUCUCGCGGCCAGCAAUGCGCUCAGCGGAUUGUGCAUCUGCUGGGCGCAUUGCGCCUCUCUCGCGGCCAGCAAUGCGCUCAGCGGAUUGCGCAUUCCGCUGGGCGCAUUGCGCCUCUCUCGCGGCCAGCAAUGCGCUCAGCAAAUUGCUCACCGCUGGGCGCAUUGCGCCUCUCCCUCCAGCGCUAUUCGCCCUGCGGAAUCCUGA